UUUCACUUCCUGUAUCUCUCAGGUGAGUCACCUGGGCAAUGUCGUCGAUUGCUUGGGUUUUUGUCGACAUCAAACAAGUUGAUUCUCUUCUGUGACUUUCAGAGUUGUGAAGGAUCAGAUCGGUCUUGUGAGGGGGCUUUGAGGAGGUUUUCAAUCAUCUCUUCGUGUGUAUCAGGAAGUGUGGACGCGGUUUAACGCACUUAUCUGCAGGUUCAGUUGUUGAGAAGAAGGACUGUUUUACCAUUUUGGGGCCUGAACACCUCACGAAGAAGUUGACUUUCAAAAAAUAAGUGGUAGUUUUUACUCUCUACCGACUUCACUGCUGCUACAGGUGGUCUCUGGGUACUUAGUGUGACUUUUAAAAAUGAAUUCGCACCUUAAAGGACAGUUGAGAGUGUUUGCGCUCCUGCUUUUAAUGUUAUUUGUCGACUCCACCGGUGGCCAGGGGACUGGUGCGGAAUGCUUGGACAAAUUUAAGAGCGGCCGGGAGGAUUUCGUCCUCGAUGCCGACGAAUCUGUGAACGACGGAGCGACGUUCAUUUCGUCGCCGAAGCUGGAGCGGUACAAGGACUGCGUGGUGGCCUGCUGCAAAGAGCCGAAGUGCAAUGUCGCCUUUAUGGAAAGAGGAGACGAGGAAGGCUUGGUCAAGUCCUGCUUUCUCUUUGACUGUCUGUACAAGCAGAAAUACGCCUGCCGCUUUGUUAGGAAGAAGGGAUACAUCAGUUAUAUCCUGGACUCUGUUUAUGACAGUUACCUGGCAGUGGAUAUUCCCCCAAAUGAAUCAGACCAUCCCCCGGUGGCCAAUGGAGGCCUGGACCGGGUGGUCCAACCUCAGGAGAGCGUGACGCUGAAUGGUAUACAGAGCAAAGAUGAUAAAGGGAUUGUGUCCUAUCAGUGGCAAAUGCUCACUGGAUAUCCUUACGCUAUCAUUGAGAAAACCAACUUUGCUGACCAGAUCAUUGUGUCCAAUCUGACAUCUGGGAUGUACAAGUUCCAGCUGACCGUCACAGACUCCAUCGGCCAGUCAGACUCAACUAAGGUCAACGUGUUGGUUCUUACUCCCGAGCAGUCUGAGCAUCACUGUAUGGCUCCAAUGAAGAUUGGGCCAUGCCGUGGUUCCUUCCCUCGAUGGCAUUACAACGCCGCCUCAGAGAAGUGUGAGCAGUUCCUAUUUGGAGGCUGCAGGGAGAAUCUCAACAACUAUUUGUCUGAGGAUGAGUGCUCCAAAGCCUGCUAUGGCUCAGAAAAAACAGGUAAAUCUGGUAGAGGUUUGCCACUUCCCGAAGCUCAAGGAGAAAAAUGUGGUGCUCCCUGUACCACAGAGCAGUUCACCUGUGACAACGGUUGCUGUUUGGAUCCAGGCCUGGAAUGUGACUCAACCCCACAGUGCGGGGAUGGCUCAGAUGAAAAGAAAUGCGAGGACUUGACUGACAAGUUUCGGAUUCUGCUACAGAUUCCACUGGAUGAACGAAAAGUGCGCUGCACAGAGCUUCCCAACACAGGAGGCUGCAGGGACAGUCAGUCCAAGUGGUAUUACAACCCCAUCCAACAGGACUGCGUCCGUUUUAACUAUGGCGGCUGCCAGGGAAAUAAGAACAGAUUUGAUACUAAGGAAUCCUGUAUGAAAGUUUGCCGUGGGGUAACAGAAAAGGACAUAUUUACAAGAAAGGAGGAGUUUGACCAGCAAACAUCUGGAAGUGAGACAGGUAUUAUAGUAAUAGCUGCCCUACUAGGUUUUGCCAUCCUCAUCCUACUAGGCAUCCUGGCGUACUGCUUCUGCAAGGGAAAGAAGAAGACUACACAACAUCACCGGGUGCCUGUCAAUAGCGUUCCGGUCACCUCAUUGGAAGACAGAGAGCGUCUGGUCUACAACAGCACCACCAAGCCCAUCUGACCCCUAAGCCCUGACCUUUGACCCCUCCCAUCCUGAUGGUGAAUUAUGCCAGUUACCGGAGCUCUGUCAUAUACUGAAGAAACUCAGAUUAAUGAGAGGAGAAAAUACCAGUUGACUGGUAUUUUAUGGUUUGUUGUUGGAGGGGAUCUGUUUUUUACUUUGUCCAUAUCUGGAUGUGUUUUUUAAGGGUGAUGUAUACAGAAGGCAGAAUGUCUUCAAUGAUGAAAUGUGAUGUCUAAUGAUUUUGACUUUUAGCUUAUAUUUAACGCAGUGACCUGUCAAAAUGAUUGUUGUUUGUACUCAGGUUAAAAGGGGAGGCUUUUCAUUAGUGUGGAGGUAGAUUACCACUGGAUAUCAUACAUUGUUCCUGUUAGAUUAAAUUAAAUUCAUUAAUUUGUUCAAAUUUUGACCCACUUGCUUCCAUUACAUGAUCCAGUUUUUUGAAAUAAAAGUCAGUUUUAAUGUCAGAUUUUUAAUUGUCCGUAGGGUCUGUGCUGGUCUCUUACUUCAAAAUAAGAGUCCAGAUUCUUUUUCUUUUUCAUGUGAUGAUCCCUUCAAUGUACCAAAGUCCUGCCACACUAGCCUCUUUACCCUGUCACAUUCCUGUUUUAUACAUCACUGUUAUAUAGCACGUGGAAUUACACAUACAUGCAUAAUAUUGUACAUAAUCCUAGAAUUUUGAAAAAGUAACAUUUUAUGUGAAGAUUAUUUUGUCUGAUUUCUGAAGUGUUUUUAGAACAAGCGUAAUGCAUGCAUUAAAUAAUGCUCAUUGACACCUUAUGAAGCAUCCUUGCUGUUGAACAUUCAACAUUUUAAACUUAUCAAAUUUUGUACAUAUGAUCUGAUAUAAUUCUCUGCAACUUUAGCAGCAUCAUGACGUUUGUACUGAAUAAAAAUACUGACUCAAAAUGUA